AUGCUUCCUGAUUUGUCACCACAUUUGCACACUAAAGAAUGCAACAUGCUCAUCGAGUUUCUACAGCGGUGUCAUUCAGAGAAACCUAUUGGAAAGAUGCUCGGAAAAUGCUCAUAUUGGGAUGAAGCGGUGUGGCAGUGCACAAAAAAGGAACGAAUCUGGAGAAGGGACAACAAUCCAGCCUAUAAACGAAGAAUCGUUGAGCUCAGGAAUUUGCCCGAGAAGUAUUGGACGCCAGCUCUUCACAAACUGAAAGAGGAAGGACUAAUCAUUGGAGGAAACGAGCAGAGUCAAGGGUGCAAGAUUUGA